UCCUCCCACCCCUCCAGGCCAAAGGAGAUUUUGGGUCCUCAUUUUUAAACGAGUCUCUCACUCCUCUCUCCAAUGCCAUGGAUGCAAUUUUUGCCCCCAUGCCCCAGCCAGAUGCCCAAGCGUUGAGAUCUGCAGCUGCAAUUAGUUGCAGAAUUCUAGCCCACGCCUUGCAGUGUUACACAUGCCUGGAGCCGAUGAGCGCCCCCCUAUGCAUGACCAUCAGCAACUGCUCCAAGGAUGACGUUGUGUGCAAGACAGUAAUGUACUCCCGAGAGGAAGUUUACCCCUUCGUGGGCGACUCAACCGUCGUCAAGUCGUGUGCUCAGAAAUGCAUCCCGUCCGAUGUGGAUGACAUUGGGAGCUCUCGCCCCACCUUCUGCUGUAACUCUGACUUGUGCAACGUGGAUGGGGCGGUCAGCAUACAAAUCAGCUACGUGGUGAUGGGGAUUUCAGCCAGUUUCCUCUGCAUCCUCCUCAGAACGGGGCUGUGAGGAGCCGGGCAGGUGAAGCCUUUACUCCCGGAGCACCACCCAACAAGCCCCAAGCCCCUCUUGGCUGCGCUUGCCAUCUGCAUUCCCAAUGGGUGGCCUUGGACACUUGUAGGAAGAUGCUUCUUCACUUUCUUAGACACGCUGGCCUCUUGGAAAGACGUUAUCUCUGCAUUCCUGUCCCUGUCGAUAAAGGGACCUGGCUCAGGAAUGCCCAGUUUCUACCAGCUCCUUGCUAAAUUAAAUUCAAUGCUAAUCUGUACUGGAAUGUCUUUGUUGUGUCAAUGAGUUGUGGAAAAUUCCACGGCACACCCAGUUACUCAAGGCCCAACUAUUCGAAUUAAGUGCAUGACCAUUGUGACCAACACCCCUAGCAAAUGGCUAUUUCACACGCCCCUGUUCUACAGACAUCAUUGCUAAACAACCAGUUUGGGGUGAAAUUCACCUGCAUGCAGUGAGCCAGUGCAACCCCUCGGCACCAUAGCUUUUGUGCUGGCCCUUUACACAGAGUAAAUUUCAUUCUCAGUGCAUGAUGAGUAAGGGGUCUUUGGCCUAGCUCUGAAGGACAUGGCAGGAGUCUAGACUUGAUGUGUCGAUGAUCUGAUCUAGGUGGGUGAAAUUCUUCUGUGCUUUUGUGUCCCUGUUU